AUGAGAACAGAGUUCAAGAAGAAGAUAUCCAAGUCUUCAUGGCCAAAUUUUAAUGUAAGAAAGUGGCUCAAUAAAAGGAGCAACGAUGAUAACUUUCACUCAGAUUACUCUUUACCAGAGGGGUGGUUGAUGGAUUCCACGAACGAAUUGAAACAUUCGGCAUCAGUGAAGGAGGCGCCACCUGUGAGUGACACUGACAUGCUCAACCUUAGGAUGUUCGUGGGGACGUGGAAUGUGGGAGGGAAGUCACCAAACGAAGGAUUGAACUUGAGGGAUUGGUUGAUGUUGCCUUCGCCAGCAGAUAUCUACGUCAUUGGGUUCCAAGAAAUUAUACCUCUCAACGCAGGGAACGUGCUUGGGCCAGAGGACAGUGGCCCCGCAACGAAGUGGCUAACCCUGAUUCGUGAAGCCUUGAAUUCUAACACAAGCUCCAGUGAAGAAAGUUCUCCUACAUUGUCUAGGCAAUGUAGCCCUGGUGAACAUGAACAACAACACUAUUAUUGCCUUAUAGCAAGUAAACAAAUGGUGGGUAUAUUUUUGUGUGUGUGGGUACGUGAAGAUCUUUACAAGCAUGUCACCAAUUUAAAAGUGUCUUGCGUUGGUAGAGGCAUCAUGGGCUAUCUAGGAAAUAAGGGUUCAAUAUCUAUUAGCAUGACAUUGUACCACACGACUUUUUGCUUCGUUUGUACCCACUUGGCCUCCGGAGAGAAAGAUGGUGAUGAAAUAAGAAGAAACUUGGACGUCUCAGAGAUCUUAAAGAAAACUAAAUUUUCUCACUCUUUCAAAGCUCUUGGUCAACCACCACCCCCUGAAAGCAUAUUAGAACAUGAUAAGAUUAUAUGGCUUGGGGAUUUGAAUUAUCGUCUUGCUGCUGGUUACGAUAAUACACUUGAGCUACUGAAGAAGAAUGAUUGGCAGGCACUAUUAGAGAAGGACCAGCUAAGGAUAGAGCAAAGAGCUGGUAGAGUAUUCAAAGAGUGGAAGGAAGGGAAAAUAUACUUUUCUCCAACUUACAAAUACUUAUUUGAUUCUGACCAGUAUGUUGCUCAAACCAACAAGUCCAAGGAAAAACGACGAACACCGGCUUGGUGCGAUCGAAUACUGUGGAAAGGAGAUGGCGUGGAGCAGUUAUGGUACGUGAGAGGAGAGUCCAAAUUCUCAGAUCACAGGCCAGUGUAUUCACUAUUCUCGGUUCAUGUGGACAUGACAAUGACAUGUGAGAAGCUAAGUUCCUCUAUUGCUGCAUCAGAGAGUAGUUCAAUCUCAAUGUCAAGGUCAUGCUCCUCUAGAACCUUGACAAACGCUGGCUUGUCCUCAUCUUGCUUUGCCAAAGUUCAGGCAGAGGAACAACUGUUGUUGCUAACGAGGGAACAUAGACACCGCACCUGCAGGGUUCUGAGUUAG